AUGUGCAACGAUGAACGAAUGUUGCUGGAUCUGAACGACUCGCUAGUGUUGAGCAUUGUAAAUCGCCUCGAGCAAUUUAACAAAUUCUACACAGUUUUUCAUCGAUACGCCUGUCUUGUCAUUUGCAUAGUUGGGGUAAUUUCCAAUGGUGUUCAUAUUUUGGUCCUGUCACGACCGCGAUUGCGCCGAUGUGCCGUUAACUGUGUCCUGACCGCAGUAGCCUUCUGUGAUGUAAUCACAAUGACAUCGUAUAUAAUUUACUUGAUGCGAUUUCGCAUCUAUCAGGGCGAAAAUGGCUACUCAUACAGUUGGAUGAUGUUUCUGAAGAUUCACGUAGUAGUUAGCAUAGCGUUACAUGCCAUAACACUCUACAUGGGAGGUGCGUUGGCAUUCAUCCGAUGGCAAGCGCUUGGCAACAUUCAUAGCAAAUGGUUGCAGCCUAAAUCAGCCUGGUAA